GGUAUAGCACAGAGCACGUUUGGAAAUAUUACUUGGAAUUUAGGGUUAAGAAAAAAUAUUGUGUGUGAGAGAGAAUGGCAAUGGACAAGGCGAAGGAGCUGGUAUCCACCAAUUCCGUGGUGGUUUUCAGCAAGACAUACUGUCCAUUUUGCGUCAGAGUGAAGGAGCUUCUGAAUCAAUUAGGAGCCAAAUACACUGCUGUGGAAUUGGAUACCGAGAAGGAUGGAAGUGAAAUACAAUCAGCGUUGCAUGAGUGGACUGGACAACGCACUGUGCCAAAUGUUUUCAUCGGCGGCAACCACAUCGGCGGCUGUGACAAAACCACAGGCAUGCACCAGGAAGGAAAGCUGGUUCCUCUGCUUGCUGAUGCUGGAGCUGUUGCCCCUGCUUCUGCGUCUGCUUAAUGGAGGUUCAGUUAUGCCUUGCAAUAAUUAACCGUUGUGUUUGGUUUAAGUUCUUGUCUUUUGACGCUUGAGCAAGUGUCUUUGCGUUCUAUAAUGACUAGUAGUUUUUUAUUCCUCCGACAUUUCUGUGUGCUGUGGAAUCUAAGCUAAGCUGUGUAUCCAUUAUGAAAUAUCAGCUGUCUUUAGCUGGGAUUUACCAUGACUAUUAAACUCGCCCUUGCAUGAAA